AUGGAUGCCAUGCUGAGCGGUAUCCCAGGUACAAGCCCAUAUCUCGACGAUAUUUUGAUCGGCGGCCGGAAUGCCGAAGAACACAAGCGGAAUUUGUACCUUGUCCUACAGCGUUUGCAAGAAUAUGGCUUCACGGUGAAGCUUGAAAAGUGUCGCUUUUUCAUGCAUCAGGUGAAGUAUUUGGGCCAACUUCUGGAUUCUGAAGGCACACGCCCGGACCCAAAUAAGGUGAAAGCAAUCGUAAACAUGCCUCUGCGAUGCGCACGUCUUUGGAACUUCUUCGACCACCGAGCAAGUUUUCCAAUGCAACUAACAGCAACCAAGAUCGCCAGUUCAACAAGAAACAUGGUGCAAAGGACAAGACCUUCGAAGUGCAAGACAAGGUGUAUGCCCAAGUACACCAUGGCAACAACUGGACCUGAUGCGAAGGUGAAAUCGUAG